GAUCAGAAAUGGCGUCUCUGUGAGUUGUCCUUUUCGCACAAGAUAUUCUCAUUUUAUUACGAUCAAAACAAGAAUUACUGUUUACAAAAGUUGUAAAAUGUGGCCGUGUGUUGUGUUAUAGCAUUAACUAAUAAAUAUAUAUUAAAUUAGGAUUAUUAGGAUAAUUUGUAUUUAGUGGGACAAUGAAUUACACUGGGCGAGGCGUUUCGAUAUAUUUCUUACUAUUGAAAAUUCGUAUAAACCCCUCGUCCAGGCGUAUUAUAUGCGCGUUUUAGUGCAAGUCGAUACAUAAUAUAGUGAAAAUGGACAAGAAAAGUAAGAAGAAAACUGUGAUUAAGCGGAAAAGUGAUGACCAAGGUGAGGGUGAAAAAAAACAGAAAAUGAUCAAUCGCGCGAAAAACGACGAUGAAAAGGACAAAAUCGAGGUCCAGGUCAACCAGGUGGUAGAAGUACCGGUCGAGCAGGGUCAGCAAAUAGUUCACACGGGACAGUUGGUUGAAGGAAACUUCGAACAGCCAGUGUUUGUUAACAUGAAGGGGGAACCAGUGCAACUUGGUCCGAACACUGUGAUACUGUAUGAACAAAGCGGGAACCCUUCGAACUUUGCGUUUGGCGGGAUGUGGAGCAUGGAUUCGUCUGGUAGAAUUGUUAUGGCGGAAACGAUAUACGACGUGAAAGGAGAACCUGAGGAGGAAGGCAGCACUUUCGUUCAAAACGCAACUGAAGUCAAUAACCAACCAGUCGAAGAAGCGAGUAACACAUAUCAGCAGUUUGAAUUGAGCAAUAAUGCUCAAGUCGAAGGCCAAGAGUAUGAAGUGGCUAUCAUCGAAAACCCUGGGGAUGCAUCGGACAGGGCAGAAGUUCAAAUUAUAACAACGGAGGCACAACUGGUUGCGACGGGCGCUGGUGCUGUGCGCUGGCUCAACCAAAAAUAUGAUUUUGUUGUUAGGAAACUCCAACUGAACUAUGAUGCAGGCGUCAAACUUUUACACUCACAGUCCGGUUGCAUUCAGUGCGUAUAUCUCACGACACCCAGCAUGCAGUUAGCGUUCAAUGCAGUUCCACAGUUUCUAUGCAUCGAGACGGGCAUAGAGUUCAACAGUGCAAUCCCGACAGUGGGCGGAACGACUAGCCCAAGUGUCAAACAUAAUGUCACACUGUUCCUAGCCGAAGACGGCAACGGAAAAUCGGUCAUCGUCAGCGCAGGCAUAUCGACGCUGAUCGGCGAGGACCUGACGUGGCUGCUGGAGACGUUCAAGUCGUGCAACCCGGCGUGGCGGCAGGUGCGCUGCGUGGUGUGCGACCCCACGAAGAGCCAGCAGGACGUGCGCGGCGCGUUCCCGGCGGCGCACGUGUCGUGCUCCGUGUGGCAGGCGGCGCGCGCGGCGGCGCGGGCGGCGGCGGCGGCGCGCGAGCCCGACGCGCCCGCGCUGGCGCCCGACGACGUGGCGGCGCGCUGCAAGACCUACGCGCUGGCGCUGCUGCGCGGCGACCACACGCCGGCGCAGCUGCAGGUGCUCAAGCGCGCCGUCAUCGGCACGGGCGCCGGCACGCUGCGCGUGUGGGAGCAGCUCACGCGCGCGGGCGGCGCCGUGGCGCGCCUCGACGCCUGGCUGGAGCCCGACAACUACACCAACAUCCUGCACAAGGGUCUGGAGCGGUUAGUCGCGAAGUUCCAAGGACUCGUCCGCAGUCAGAUGCAACCGGACGAGUUCGUCUCGCUGUUUUUCAACGUCGCCAACCAGCUCGAAGACGAGCGCCGUAGCUUCGCCGUCAGCAGGUUACGGGAUACGGAAACGUUGAAGCAGUCGCCCACUGAUACGAUAACGCAGUACGCUUAUAACCUCAUGAGUCACCAGACGAAGCUCGCGCAGAAGUGCCUCGAUGACAGAGCGGGCAGAAGGCAUAGCAGUGCGGCGAUAUGCAAGUAUGGGACGUCAACGCAGGAGUGUUCGUGUCUCUUCAGCAAGGUGUUCCGGCUGCCGUGCAGACAUAUCCUCAUGCUGACCACGGAGUUGAAGGUAAAAACUCAUAUUCCGUUCGAGCCUCGUUGGACGGUGCAACAUUGUCUGUUCGGUUGUGAGGGAGCUACAAAUGCUGGUGGAAAUAAUACUACAACAAGCGGCAGUACGUUCAUGGAGCAAGUGGUGGUGGAAACAGAAGGUCAUCGACAGACAAUUCAACAGCCUCAACAAAUACAUCAGGUGGGCGGAGUCAGGCAACAGCAGUAUGUAUUAGCGACGCCCGGGCAACCCGCGACACCUGUAUCACAAGUGAUAUUCUGCGGCGGAGGCGUGGGCGGCGUGGGCGGCGGCGCGCCCGUCAUCACGUCCGUGCUGCCGCCCGGCGGCGCCGUGCUCACGCCGCACCACGCGCUGCACCACUAGGCCGCACCAGGCCCCACCAGGCCGUACUAGGCCGCACCGCGGGCCGUAUUGAAUUCGUUGCAAUAAUCGUGUGGAAUGUAAUCGGCGACACGAAACGUGUAAAGUUUAUAUAUUUAUUGAAGGCCGUGCCCUCGGCCGUACGAUUGGACCGACUCGCGGCUCACGAAUAAUAGAUCUGUGUGUCCGGUGUUGAAACGACCAAAGCAUAUUCGAGAGUUUAUUGUGAGCGACAAAUUUGUUGUCGUCAUUUCACAAAAUAUGUGUACUAAAACGACAUCACCAAGAUCGACGAUAUUACCAAAAGGGCGUAUGUUAUACGAAGCUGCCGACGUUCGUUAAUUAUUUCUACUCUGAUUAGCUAGAAGGUUAUCGGUCCUUUUGGCACCAGGACACAGAAAUAGUACGAGUAUAGAGAUUAAAAUCGCGUCAGAUACAGAAAAUGAUACGUCGCUCGUAGGUUUAAUGUAAAUAUUUUUGUAAUAUGUACUUUUACAUAUGUCGAAUGAAUUCGAAACAUACUUAAAUAUGUAAGCAGCCCCGGUAUCUGAAGGGCGAGAGCGGGGUUUUGCGGGCCGGGGGGAGAAGUAGUUUUUUUAUAAAGCGGCGUUUUGGACACGCACAAAUAUGUCGAUAUUCGUAUUAUGUAUUAUUCUUUGCCGAUUGAGUAAAUAUUUGUAAAUUAACGAAAAAUAUCCAUUCGACGAAAGAGAUUAAUCUUCCUGUAUUAGAAACAGCAUACUCGAACUCUCUUCCUGGUAGGAUUAUGAUAAUGAGGGAAUAGACAGUGCACAGUUGUACCUGCGCUUGCGCACACCCGGAUAAUCUCUACGAAGAAUGUCCUGGCCGAAAUCGGUCAGGAGGACGUUAACUAUGGGCGUAUGGGACUACUUACGGUAGUCACCACUUCCCCCUGUGAAAAGGCUUUGUACAAGUCCGCUGGGUUGCUGACCACUCAAACAUCCCACCAAGAUAUUCUACGCCAAACAGCAAUACUUAGUAUUUUUUUGUUCUGGUUUAAAGGAAGAGUGAGCCAGUGUAACUACGUGUUUAAUAUUACUUAACGCGUCAAUAUUUAUGGGAGUUGGUGACCACUUACCAAUAGGUUGCCCCCACCUGUAUUGUAAGCACAUUUAUAUAUAAUUAAAUAUUAAAUAUAAUUGUAUAAUUUAGUAUUUCAUAAUGGCGAUUAUAACGACAUUAUCUUGUUUUAAAUAAUGUUGUUUCCGUCGAUUGGAUAUUUAUUGUUUUAAUUUACAUCUGAUUAUGAAAUUCUUCCGAAAUGAUUUUUAACAGAAAACAAUGGUCGACUUGUGAAUGAAAUCGUGUCUAAUUCUAAGUGAUGUUCGUUUUUAACUUGAACGCGAUUGUAAUAUCGAUUCGUUGAUAAAUUAGCUGACAGAUUAUUAUUAUUAUUAACCUAGAGUAAUUGUUAUCUGCUUUUUAUUUAAACGACCAUUUCAUGUACAGUAGCGAUGUCAUAUUUUUUAAUAUUUAUUAGUAAUUAGUUUUGUUCAAAGUCGACCAUUCAAAUUGUCGGCGGUUCUGUAGUACGCAGUCUAAACUUUUUCGUUUUAGCUUCGUACUUAAAGACAUUUAGGAUACGGUCGUUAUUAUUUCCCGGUUAAAAGUACUUUUGUUUAUUGAUAGAGAUUAGUUUUAUCUAAAUGUGUACAAGACAUGUAGUAAUUCAAAAAUAUACCUUUAGAUUUAGAAGACUCGUCUAGUCUUCCCGUGUUCCACAUGUCAAGGGGAGGGGAGAAAUUCAUCUGGACUUACAAAAGUGCCACACAUUUUUUGGUGGAGCGAGGAGAGGGAAUCACAGAAGAGAGGUUCAAGGACAACUCGGCAGCUGUCCUUGAAAGUUUAAAAAGACAUGGGACUCAGUGGCAGAAAUAAUUCAAACAACUUGAAAGUGUAAAAAAACCUAACUUGGUUGGUGAAAUGUAUUUUUUGACCGGGAUUUAAUACUGUAGAGUUAUUCUGUGUGAACGAACUCGGAACUGACCGCAGUACACGAUCGUGAAUUAUCAGUGACUUGUGAUAUUGACUAAGAAUACUGUGAUCUGGUGUUUAAAGGGCUGAAGAAAAUUGAAAUCAAAUUUUGCAGUUUGCAAAUCAUUUAAAUAAUAAUGAAUUGAUUGGUGCCUAAACGACAUUAAUUACUAAUUCUGGCCGAAUACAAUGGUGGAAUAGCCACCCCGUCAUUUCUGCAAAUAUUGAAAAAAUGAGCUAAAAUCCGUAAUAAGUGUCCCGAGGCAACCCUUUACUCGGUGCAAUAACCUUUCUUUCGUAGUACGCAUAGUUUCCGUAAGAUGGCGUGAGUGUCAUUAUGGUUUUGGCGCGAAUCAUGGCGACGUUCGGUGAAUGUUAAAGUUUUAAAUGCUUCUCUCCUGAAAAAUUGCAUUUUUGCAAAAGUGACGGUCUCGCACCGCGGGUGCGAUAUAUAUAUAUGUAUAUAAUUUUUCAGUAAUCAAGUAAAUAUUGAACACGAUGUUAUAUUUUUCAAUGAAUUAUACGAAUUCGGAAACAAUAAAAAAUGAGUUCUAAAGUCAAAGAAAAUCUAAUAAUUUUAUAAAAGUUUUCUUUUGUAUUAAUUUUCUUCAAUCGCGUAUCGAUUUCCUAAAAAUCUUAUAAAAAUAUUACAAGAAUUGGAAUUCUAAUUCUUCAGUGUCUUAAAAGCAUUUAAAAUGCAAUGAAAAUUAAAUUUUGACGGUCACGAUCGCGAUCUAACACCACUUCACCUGGAUAGUUCGACUUAUCGAAUUUAUGUACCACGAUAAGUCGAUUUCACGACUGAGAUACGAAGUGAGUUCUUACAGAAUAACACUGGCGAAAACAUACAACAAAACGGCGUCAUAAAUAUAAGGUGUAGUUUGAGGCUAACGGUAUGAGUACAUAUAUAUAUACAUGGUGUGGGGAGAGACUGGAGGGGAUGUCCCUAAUAAGUUGCGUCUUUUGUUAUAAAAAUACGUAAAAUGUUAUCUUAGAUAUAAUAUGUAAAUAAG